CAAGUUUAUUUGCUGACGGGUUUAACAAAAUGUUACAUGAAAAGAAUGAAGAUUAUAUUUAGGGAAAAAAGAUCAGGGGAAUGUAUGAUACAAUACAUCGAACUCAGUCAUAUACUUUAGCAGUCAAAUUUUGUGUGCACACGUGAAACUGGCGCGACAACUUCCAUCGUAGCUAAAGUAUUCAAAGAACACACCAUUUAAUUCCCAUUUCUCAUCUUCUCUAGGAAAGGUCCAUUCACACAGCUAAAAGGAAAUUUAUUUUCGUUGUUUUUCUUUGUCGAGACUUAGUUGAUUACAUCUGAAACCUUAGACAUUAUUGUAUCUGAGUCAGUUGGGAAGGACUCGACUUAAUAAGAAGGUAGUAGCAGCAAAGUGUAUGAAGAAACUGAGUAAGAGAAAAUGAAAGGGAAGAUGAGAGAAUUUAUAGAUUCGGCAUCCUCAUCGGUGGUCUCAAACGCAAACGCGCUUCAGCAGCGUCUACAGUUCAUUCUGCAGAGCCGUCAGGAAUGGUGGGUGUAUGCUAUAUUCUGGCAAGCCACCAAAGACAGCGACUCCCGUGACACACUGGAAUAUGGGGACGGCUUCUUCAUGGGCACAAAGGGAAGAGAGGGAACGGAAGUCAGAAUGCCGGAGGAACAAACGAGGAACCACGUGAACGACAUCGAAUGGUUCUACAGGGUGUCGCAAACUCGGUCGUAUGCCGCCGGGGACGGUGUGGUGGGGUGUGCCUUCGGCUCGGGGGUGGAUGUUUGGUUGAGCGGGGUGAAGGAGUUUGAAGUGAAGGAGUGUGACGAGAGAGUGGGGGAAGCACGGAGGCAUGGGAUCCAGACAUUAGUGUGCGUGUCGGUGGCACGAGGGAUCCUUGAGCUGGGUUCGCAUGAGGUGCUGAAGCUGGAUUAUGGGGUUCUGCAACUGGCAAAAUCGGUGUUAGAGGAGGGGGAGAGUGGGAGUGAGAAUCCGGUGAGCAAGCAGUGGGUGGUUCCAGGCAAGGAGGAAGAGAGAGAGAGGAGAAGAGAAUUGGAGGGAUCGUCGACGGAGUCUUCAGGGCCUUCUGAUCAUGAUGCGGAAGGCAAUAACAACAACGUUCCCACGAUGGGAAGAAGGGCGGGGAGGGUACGUGAGGCGCUUCCCGUAAAUCACGUGGAGGCCGAGAGGCAGCGGCGAGAGAAGCUGAAUCAGAGAUUCUAUGCUCUUCGCUCUGCUGUCCCUAACGUGUCCAAGAUGGACAAGGCCUCCCUGCUUUCGGACGCCGUUGAUUAUAUAAAUGAACUGAAGGCCAAAAUCAGCAACCUCCAGGUGGCGUUCCAGGCCAAGCAGGAAGGUCCGGCAGAGCAGGUCCAACCCCAAUCCAUUCCCGCACCCUCCUCUGCAACUACUGAGAUGAGAGUUGAAGUCCAGAUCUUGGGCUCCGAGGCCAUGAUAAGGGUGCAGAGCCUGAACGUUAACCACCCCUCUGCCCGGCUGAUGGAUGCUCUCAGGGACGUCAAUUUGCAAGUUCUGCAUGCCACAAUCUCCAACAUCAAAGAGAUGAUGCUUCAAGACGUCGUCGUCAGAGUUCCCCAUCACCUCACCACCCAAGAGGCUCUCCAAACUGCUAUUAGGCGCAGACUUUGACAUCUUCUCUCAACCUAUCUGCGCAGAAAUUUCUCUGCAGCUGCUUCGCAUUUGGAAUCCUUUCUCAUUUUUUUUACCUUCUCCAUUUCCAGAUCAUGCUUCUAGUGUUUUAUCAAUGUUCAAACAGAGUAAAUCGAUGUGCCCACUCUUGUUCCUUCUCUCCUUACAUAAUCGAGUAUAUCUAUUUUAGGCUACACACCAAAUUCUUCAUCCUUUAGUAUGUUAUUUUGGGCCUAGGGAAUUAACAUGAUCCUUUCCAUUUGAAAAUGUAAUUUAGUUAUUAAAAAUAAGAUAAAAAGAAUAAGAGAGUGAAGGGUAGAAUAAUAAAUAUAAAGUCAAUGUAAAAGUAUUGGAUGGCAAAAUAAGGUGAUCCAUUUCCAUAACCAAUAAGAUUAGGCGUCACCUGUACUC